UGACGUCAUGGGCGGAGUUUAGUUGAAGAUCGAAUUCGGAUUCGGUUGGCGGGCGCGGCCAUCUUGGUGAAUUAGUGACCUGGCGAUUCGGUUUUAGUUAGUGAAAAAUCAUUUGUCAUCCACAAUGUCGGAAAGGGAAGAUAAUGUGUAUAAAGCUAAGCUAGCCGAGCAGGCCGAGCGUUACGAUGAAAUGGUAGAGGCAAUGAAGAAUGUGGCCUCACGUAACAUCUCAGACAAUGAACUAACAGUGGAGGAGAGGAACCUACUCUCCGUUGCAUACAAGAAUGUGAUUGGCGCCCGUCGAGCCUCCUGGAGGAUUAUUUCCUCAAUUGAACAGAAAGAAGAAACAAAAGGUGCAGAGGACAAACUCAACAUGAUCCGGGCGUACCGCAGCCAGGUAGAAAAGGAGUUACGCGACAUCUGCUCUGACAUCCUCAACGUGCUCGACAAGCACCUCAUCCCCAGCUCGCAGACGGGCGAAUCCAAAGUCUUCUAUUACAAAAUGAAGGGUGACUACCACCGGUACCUGGCGGAGUUCGCAACAGGCAACGACCGCAAGGAGGCGGCCGAGAACUCGCUGGUCGCGUACAAGGCCGCCUCCGACAUCGCCAUGACGGAACUGCCGCCCACACACCCCAUCCGCCUCGGCCUCGCGCUCAACUUCUCGGUGUUCUACUACGAAAUCCUUAACAGCCCGGACCGCGCGUGCCGGCUGGCGAAGGCGGCCUUCGACGACGCGAUCGCCGAGCUGGACACGCUGUCGGAGGAGAGCUACAAGGACUCGACGCUCAUCAUGCAGCUGCUGCGCGACAACCUCACGCUCUGGACCUCCGACAUGCAGGGCGACGGCGAGUCCGGUGAAGCUGAACAGAAAGAACAAGCACAGGACGUGGAAGAUCAGGAUGUGUCGUAAUACUUUUUAACAUUCUAUUUAAAUAAUAAUAAAAAAAUAACUAUAGUAUCAUGUUAAGACCCAGCCCUCAAUGACAACCGGUUGUAAAGGUUUCCAGCUCAACUCGCCUCCGGGACGUUCUAACUACUCGCGUACAUACACUGAGUAAAUUGGCCGUUACAUUCUAACGUACAUAGCAACUUUCGUUUAUGUAUCGUGUCAAAUUAUCUACUAGUAAUAAUAUACAUUUUAAAUAUGUACUUCUUUUGAUAUAUUCAAUGUUUCGUUUUCGAUUACGAGAAAAAAAAUAUAUAAUGUUUAAGAAAAGUACUUUGGUAUUGCAUUUUAUCUGUGUAUGUUCUUAAGGAUGUAUUUUCUUAACGGUUCACUUUGAAUUGAUCUCUAAUGUUAACUCCCAGCUUUGCCGCGGGAGAGCUCCAUCUUCCCGCAUCUCCACCCUAUAAAGAUGGAAAUUGUAAAUUUUCUAAGUAUUUUAUACCGUGUGUAAAAUGAAUGUAUUUAAUUCUGUCGUCAAUCGCAUAGUACAAGCACCACAGCGACAAGUUCAGCCAAGUGUAACGUUGUAUUUAAUUUGUAUACACAGUAGCGAAGUGUAUGUAUCACGUGGAUGUCAUAGUUACUGUAUGUGUCACUCAGUUGGAUGCUCGGUCUGCACAAAUAGUCGUUUUAUACGUGACCGCCGCGAGUCUUCCGCGUGCCCUUCAUUUGUAUACAUUCGAUCGUUUAUUAUAUACUUUAAACGGUAACAUUUAUUAGAUGAUAUAUGUAGUUACUCGCAAUAUUUAGCUAAGCGAUGGGCGCACCGUCGCCGCGGCUGCGUACUGCUCGUAUCGCACGUCGUGUCGUAUCCGUGAAUCGUGACUACUGUGUAGUGCUCGGUUGUGUGGGCGAGGGGCGUCGAUGAGUCUGCGCUUCGUAUUACAACUUUGGAGUAUUCACACUUGAAUCGCUUUAAUUACUUACGAGUAUUGUGAUAGAGAUUUUGUAUAUUUUAAUUUAUUUUUAAUUUCGCAUGUUUCUCGAAAAUAUCGCUGUAGCGCUACAUCUCUACGAUUAUAACAGGACAAACGGUAGUUCUAAAGUUGUGCUAGGUUAAGGUUAUGCACUUGGAAAAAUUAUUUAUUUGCGAUGUAUCGCCCACUCGAAGACAUUCCAUCUUCAUACCUAUGUUAAACUGAAUUUGGCCAAUGUUUGUUGGAACUACUCCGAAGUAGUGGGGCAUGGCAGUGUGCAGCAAGUGCGUGCCCGAGUAAGAUAUUAGCGUUAUUUUUAUUUGAAUUUGUAAUAUUGCAUAUAAUUUUGUUAAUUUAUCCACAAAAAAUACUGAUGCAAUUAGCCUUAGUGUUAUGCAAUAUUGAUUUAUGUCCUACCAUCAUGGAAAUUUAUUGUAAAUGACAGUGUAAAUCUAAUAAUAAAAUUCAAAAGUCCAAA